AUGCAGUUUGCCCACGGUGUUCCAGACCUCCACUUGAAGGACAUCGCCUGCAGCCAGGCUCUUCUGGAGAGGUUCAUAAUCUUUCCCAGCCGGAGAGGCAUGUACGGAGUGCGUAACGCUAUGUGUGCCCUGACACAGCAGCGCCUGCAGAAGAUAGAGGACGUGCUUUAUGCUAACGUUGACUUCUUCAAGAUCUUCAGACUGCUGCCCCGGGUGUUGGACAACCACACGGACGGACCAGACCUACGCUACUGGGGGCGUGUCCUAACCGCUGUAUCAGAGAAGGUCCAAGUGCUCUUUGAGAGGAACAGCACCAAGGACCUUCUGAAGGUGGUCUACCCGUUGUUCCGGGCUGGUGGUCCCAGCUCCUUCAGCCAGCUGAUGAGCAUUGUGUCGGCCCUGUUCUGUGGGUACCCAGACGGAGAGGGAUCCAGGGUCCUCUCCUUUAACUGGUACGAAGACAACAACUACAAGGUGUUCCUGGGGGUGAAUGGAUCCAAGAACCACGACUAUGUCUACGACAUGACAACCACUCCGUUCUGUAACAACCUGAUGCAGACUCUGGAGUCUAACCCGGUCACUAAGAUCGUGUGGAGUUCAGUCAAGCCUCUCUUCAUGGGGAAGAUCCUCUACGCUCCAGACUCCCCAGCCAUCAGACUGAUACUAAAGAGUGCCAACACUACGUUUGAGGAGCUGGAGCGUCUGAUGACCAUGGGAAAGGCCUGGGAGGAGGUGGGACCUCAACUCUGGAGGUUCUUCAACGCUGGAAUCCAGAUAAACAUGAUCAGGGACACCAUCAGAAACCCGACGGUAGCAGACCUAAUAGACAGGAGUUUGGAGGACACUGAGUUCUCCUCUAAAGACAUCCUCAACUUCCUGUACAACGGGCUUGAGGAGGACAGAGAAGAGAACAUGCCCAGCUUCGACUGGAGGAACGUCUUCAACCUCACAGACCAGGCCGUACGCAUGUUCAACCAGUACGGAGAGUGUAUCAGUUUGGAUAAAUUCAUGCCCCAUACAGACGAGGAUCAGCUGACCCACCAGGCUCUCUUUCUAUUGGAGGAGAAUAAGUUCUGGGCAGGGCUAGUCUUCCUAGAUGUCUACCCCUGGACCACUACCGUGCCGCGUCACGUCAAGUACAAGAUACGCAUGGACAUCGACCAAGUAGAGAGAACCAACAAGAUCAAAGACAGGUAUUGGGACCCUGGUCCCAGAGCAGACCCUAUGGAGGAUCUGAGGUAUAUCUGGGGUGGCUUUGCCUAUCUACAGGACAUGGUAGAGCAUGGCAUACUGAAGAUACAGACAGGACACGACUGGCCUCUGGGAGUCUACGUACAACAGAUGCCAUACCCCUGCUAUGUAGACGACCUCUUCAUGUUGACUCUGAACCGAUGCUUCCCUAUCUUCAUGGUGUUAGCGUGGAUCUACUCUGUGUCUAUGACGGUGAAGAGCAUCGUUCUGGAGAAGGAGCUACGCCUCAAAGAGACACUCAAGGCCAUGGGAGUGACCAACGGAGUGAUCUGGUACACCUGGUUUAUAGACAGCUUCAUCAUGAUGACCGCCAGCACCGCCCUGCUCACACUGAUUAUUAUGGCUGGUAAAGUGUUGAACUACUCCAACCCGUUGGUAGUGUUCCUGUUCCUCCUGACGUUCACCAUGGCCACCAUUAUGCAGUGUUUCCUUCUCAGUGUGUUCUUCAACAAGGCCAACCUGGCUGCAGCCUGCAGCGGUAUCAUCUACUUCACCCUCUACCUCCCCCACAUCCUCUGUGUGGCCUGGCAGGACCGCAUCACCAAGAACGCUAAGAUCACAGCGAGCCUGUUGUCCCCAGUAGCAUUUGGUUUUGGGACGGAGUACCUGUCUCGUUAUGAGGAGCAGGGCCUGGGUUUGCAGUGGGACAACAUCGGCACCAGUCCACUAGAGGGCGACGCCUACUCCUUCUUCACCUCCAUAGGCAUGAUGAUGUUUGACGCCGUGCUCUAUGGCUUCCUGGCAUGGUACCUUGACAACGUCUUCCCAGGUCAGUAUGGGAUUGGACGACCAUUCUACUUCCCAUUCCAGCCCUCCUAUUGGCAAAGGUCUGAACCCGCCCUCUCCAACAUUCCAGACUCAGGAGGCAGGACAGAACCCGUUCCCCUCAGGAGGCAGGACAGAACCCGUUCCCCCUCAGGAGGCAGGACAGAACCCGUUCCCCCUCAGGAGGCAGGACAGAACCCGUUCCCCCUCAGGAGGCAGGACAGAACCCGUUCCCCCUCAGGAGGCAGGACAGAAUCCGUUCCCCCUCAGGAGGCAGGACAGAACCCGUUCCCCCUCAGGAGGCAGGACAGAACCCGUUCCCCCUCAGGAGGCAGGACAGAACUCGUUCCCCCUCAGGAGGCAGGACAGAACUCGUUCCCCCUCAGGAGGAAGGACAGAACCCGUUCCCCCUCAGGAGGCAGGACAGAACCCGUUCCCCUCAGGAGGCAGGACAGAACCCGUUCCCCCUCAGGAGGCAGGACAGAACCCGUUCCCCCUCAGGAGGCAGGACAGAACCCGUUCCCCCUCAGGAGGCAGGACAGAACUCGUUCCCCCUCAGGAGGCAGGACAGAACUCGUUCCCCCUCAGGAGGCAGAACAGAACCCGUUCCCCUCAGGAGGCAGGACAGAACUCGUUCCCCCUCAGGAGGCAGGACAGAAUCCGUUCCCCCUCAGGAGGCAGGACAGAACCCGUUCCCCUCAGGAGGCAGGACAGAACUCGUUCCCCCUCAGGAGGCAGGACAGAACCCGUUCCCCCUCAGGAGGCAGGACAGAACCCGUUCCCCCUCAGGAGGCAGGACAGAACCCGUUCCCCCUCAGGAGGCAGGACAGAACCCGUUCCCCCUCAGGAGGCAGGACAGAACCCGUUCCCCUCAGGAGGCAGGACAGAACCCGUUCCCCCUCAGGAGGCAGGACAGAACCCGUUCCCCCUCAGGAGGCAGGACAGAACCCGUUCCCCCUCAGGAGGCAGGACAGAAUCCGUUCCCCCUCAGGAGGCAGGACAGAACCCGUUCCCCUCAGGAGGCAGGACAGAAUCCGUUCCCCUCAGGAGGCAGGACAGAACCCGUUCCCCCUCAGGAGGCAGGACAGAACUCGUUCCCCCUCAGGAGGCUGA